AUUAAGUUGUUUUUCCCCCUCAGGCUCUAACUUCACCCAGUGAAACCACAGGCUGUAGUGAUGUCGGAGCCUAAGCCCCCGACUCCGACCCCCGGAGACACAUACAAGGGUUGGCUCUUCAAAUGGACUAACUACAUUAAAGGUUACCAGAGACGCUGGUUUGUUCUGAGCAAUGGGCUGCUCUCUUACUACAGGACCCAGGCAGAGAUGGGUCAUACAUGCCGAGGCACCAUCAACUUGGCCACAGCCAAUAUUGCUGUGGAGGACUCGUGCAAUUUUGUCAUUUCCAACGGAGGGGCGCAGACCUACCACCUGAAGGCCAACUCAGAAGUAGAGCGCCAGCGGUGGAUCACUGCUCUGGAGCUCGCCAAGGCGAAGGCUGUCCGCAUGCAGGCUGAAUCUGGUGAGAGGGAAAACAUAUUUGUUGGAGAAUGCAGGAGUUUCUGUGUAAGGCGUUUUGUCAUAUUAUCUCCUUUGUUCUCUCACUCAGAUGACUCGGGUGACGAUUGCCCUGCAGUGCCCCCCACCUCAGGACAGGGUGGAGGCUGCCGUAACUCUAACUCAGAAGUCCAGUCCACUCUACGCACACUAAACAGCAAGGUGGAGGACCUCACCACCUGCAACGAUCUCAUUGUCAAGCAUGGGUCUGCCCUCCAAAGGUCUUUGUCAGAGCUGGAGGGGAUUCGUGUCGGAGGGGACAUGGGGGAUAAGAUCAGACAAGUUACAGAGAGAGCCACGCUGUUCAGAAUCACCUCUAAUGCCAUGAUCAAUGCAUGUAGAGACUUCCUCUCCCUGGCCCAGAGCCACAGUAAGCGCUGGCAGAAGGCUUUACAGGUUGAACGAGACCAGAGGAUACGACUGGAGGAGACUCUGGAGCAGCUCGCCAAGCAGCACAACCAUUUGGAAAGAGCUUUCAGAGGAGCCACAGUUCUCCCGUCUUCAUUCAGCAACCCUGCCUUAGGAAACAAAGGCGGUGUGCCAGGAAAAGGUGAUGCCAGUGACGAGGAUGAUGACAAUGAGUUCUUUGAUGCUAUGGAAGACCCAGCAGAGUUUAUCACUGUCCCUGCUGACCCCAAGUAUCACAGAAGAUCUGGCAGUAACGUCAGUGGGAUCAGCAACGAGACUGGAAUGGAUGAUCAGUCGGUAAAUUUUGAUGAACUAUCUUUGGCAUCCAAUCCAGAGUCUCCACAGUCCCUUGAGCUGGAGCCAGUUCGACAAAGACGGACUCGUAUCCCUGACAAGCCCAACUAUUACCUCAAUCUGUGGAGCAUCAUGAAGAAUUGUAUUGGAAAGGAGCUCUCAAAAAUACCAAUGCCUGUGAAUUUCAAUGAACCCCUGUCAAUGCUGCAACGUCUAUCUGAAGACCUGGAGUACUACGAGCUGCUGGAUAAGGCUGCUAAAUGUCAGAGCUCCCUAGAGCAGAUGUGUUACGUGGCCGCUUUCACUGUCUCUUCCUACUCCACCACUGUCCACCGUACAGGAAAACCUUUCAAUCCUCUGCUGGGAGAAACCUUUGAGCUCGAUCGGCUAAAAGAGUGCGGCUACCGCUCCCUCUGUGAACAGGUGAGCCACCACCCACCUGCUGCAGCUCACCAUGCCAUGUCUGAGAAGGGCUGGACCCUCAGACAAGAAAUUACCUUGGCCAGCAAGUUUAGAGGAAAAUAUCUCUCUAUCAUGCCUUUGGGUUCUAUCCAGUGUUUAUUUGACAAGAGCAACAAUCACUACUCUUGGAAGAAAGUGACUACAACAGUACACAACAUCAUUGUUGGAAAAUUAUGGAUUGACCAGUCAGGGGAGAUAGAUGUGGUGAACCACAAGACAGGAGAUCGCUGCCAUCUCAAGUUUGCUCCCUACAGUUACUUCUCCAGAGAUGUACCAAGAAAGGUGACAGGAGUAGUAACGGAUAAGGAUGGGAAGGCUCAUUACGUGCUAUCUGGAACCUGGGAUGAGAAGAUGGAGUUUUCCAGGGUAAUGCAGAGCAGUAAAGGCGAGAAUGGCACUGAAGGCAAACAGAGGACUGUCUAUCAGACCCUCAAAGCCAAAGAAAUCUGGAAAAAGAACCCUUUACCAGAGGGAGCAGAGAACAUGUACUUCUUCUCCUCGCUGGCCUUGACGCUCAACGAACCCGAAGAGGGAGUGGCACCUACUGACAGUCGAAAACGCCCUGACCAGCGGUUAAUGGAGGACGGCCGCUGGGAUGAGGCUAACGCAGAGAAACAGAGGCUGGAAGAGAAACAGCGCACCACCCGUCGAGAGAGGGAGAGGGAGGCUGUUAAAGCAGUCAGCCCGUCUGAGGAAGCUGUCACUGAGGAUUCAAUCAAUGAUUCACCCUUGAAAACUGAUGCAGUGGAGACUGGCACAGAAGCAAAUGAGGUUUCUGAUGAAAGCGCCCAUCAAGACAACUACCAAGCCCUGUGGUUCGAGAAGUUGGACGACCCCGCGUCCGGAGAGACCUUGCACGUCUACAAGGGCGGUUACUGGGAAGCGAAGGAACAGGGCUCCUGGGACAUGUGCGCUGACAUCUUCUGAUCCCGGCCGAGUCAACCUGUUUUUCCUUUUGUGGUGUAAAAAUGAGAAGAUGCUAAGAGGUGACCUACCUUACAUCAGAUAAAGUGAGGAAGCCUAACAUCAACCUUUCUUAAAUGUCCUCAGCUUCUACUGAUCACCCCACUCAACCCCCCCUUCCCAGCAGUGAUUGGCUCAGGAUCAAGGGCAUCUGGACUUCAUAUUCAACAUAGAUACAAUGCACAUUGUAGCAUUGUUGUUACAUUGCUGCUGAUUAGUGUUCAGAAUUCCCUCUCACUGCCUCUUGGGCUUGGUCUUGGUCUUAGUCCACUUGUUUGUUCUUGGGUUCCUUGGUACAGCCUUUGAUUUGCAUUUGGCAACAGGUUAUUCUGGUAAUGUCAUUAUGCAUUUUCUUUAAAAGCACUAUUGUCAAAGGCGUAGUUUAUCCUGGUGACAUCUUAUAAUAUACAAGGUUUGUUUGGAUAGAGUGAGCUCUUACCUAACAUGUAAUUUAUGUGUUUGUUUUUUGUGCGUUCCUGAUAAUGAUUAUUUAGCGAUGAGUUUAUUGGAGCGUCCCCAGCACAGCAACACUGUAAGUCAAAGUUUAAUUAUACCCAAUGUUUUAGUAGUUCACACAGUAAAUAUUCACUAUACCGGUUUCAGACCACAUUAAAUGCAUAGAUGUAUGAGCUUCAGUGGUUCUGAUUUAAAAAAAAUAAUAAAAUAAAAAACAGAGAUAAAUACUGUUUAUUCAGAAAUUAAUGGCAUAUUUCAACAAUUAUUUUUGAACUGGUAUAAAAUGUAAGUUUGCCUUUGAAUUUAUUGUGAUUUGCGGUGCUACUUUAUUUCCUGAAGUGAAACAAGAAGUCUGGAGGUAUACUAGAUCCACAAAUUAGCCGUUUUUUAUUUUUUACACUCGACUACUUCCUUUCACAAUCUGUUCAUGAUUGUUUUUCCCCCUUAUAUUCCCCCAGUCCCCCUAUAAAAUACAUGAUGGUGGUGAAGAGACGUGAAAGUAGUUCAUUGUGAUUAUACACUCCUCACACAUAUAUAUGAGUCUGGUUUUGUCAUCUUAAGAAUCCCUAAUUGUGGAUCUUAAAUGGCUACAUACUUUGUUUCUUUUCUUAAAAUUUUUCACUAUAUAAUAAUGACAUUACAUGUUUUUUCUAUCUUUUUUAUUAAUGAAGAAUAAUGACAUUUCUGUGUGUAGCACAUUUAAUUUAAUAGAAUAUGUGUUCUUUAUUUAAUAUAAUAACAUUGAAUAUAAAAAUACCAAUGGCACUAUUGCCAGCAAUGGGGGGGAAAAACAUUCAGAAGAAUUUUUGUUUUUUCAUGUUUUUGUUUUUUUUUCCUUCAGCAUAAAAGGUAACUUACACUAAAUCCAUAGUAAAUUACAUGUACACAAACGUGGGAAAAAUCUGUUAUGUUUUGUGAGACACUGCGCCCCCGAAAAACAUGACGUCCACCUGACAUAUAGGGGGAGUGGCGCUUGCAUUUAAAAGAUUUGUGAAGGGGGCGGCUCAGAAUAAACUGCGUGUAUGUAAGUUGCUGUUUGAAGAAUGUAGCUGUUGAUCAUUGAAAGCGUUGAGUAAGAUGAAAUCAUCUCGUGUGUAAGAUUGACUCUAACCCUUAUGUUUAAGAUUAAAUGUGUUAUUAAGUCUAUUUCGAUUCUCCAACCGAGUACACACAUUUAAGGCUUGUAUUUUCAUACAUAAAGUUUGUGCUCUUACUAAUACUUGGUUCAACCAAGUAUUCAAUUCUACUUUCAGAGUAAGUGUUGAGGCCGACAUCGAGCAGCUGAGAUUAAUUUGCUCAGUUGUCACUGAGCUGUGUGCUUAUUUCUACUGGCUUGAUGAUUUAGUGAAGUGAAGGAAAACGUGAGGCAAGUGUUUUUGUCCUCCGUAGUUUCCUUCAAUUGAUUGAUCAUAGCUUUAAUCUUGAUUUAGGUUAUUUUAGUCUUUGUGUGUUGCGAGUGUAGACUUUUAACAGACAGCAAUAAGAGUGCCUCAGUGCAUAUACAUGUGGCACAAAAUGAAAUGUGUGAAGGGAGAACUAAAACUGCAAAAACUGAAUUCUGUCAUUGUAUUUGUGUCUUUUGUUAUUCGUCAUGAGUGGAAGGACUGCGGUGUGGUGGAUGAAAAUCUAAAUUUAAUUUUAUAUAUUCAAGUGUACUUAAGGGGAGAACACUGAAAAUGAAGAUCACAAAACAUAAUGUUGCAAAUAUUUCUGUGUAAAUAUAUUAAAUAGUAAAGUAAUUGUGAUAUUAACUGGUUAUAUUGAUAGAGAAUCUAAUGGUGGUGAUGCACUUUUCCUUUUCUUUUUUUCCCCUUCUCACAACUGGAUGUAUUUCAUUGUCUGAGCUGAGUGUACCAUGUUACCACGAGUCACCCUCUACUGGCUCAGAUAGCUUUAUUUAAAUUAUAUGAAGUUCUGAACCAUUCCCUGCUAUUGCUACAUACAUCAUUUAAACAGAUGAAGAAGUGUGUGUGUGUGUGUGAGGAAUGUACAGCUAGAUGCCACACUACAUCUCUAUAAUGACAGAAUGAGUUCACAGGUUUCUGUCUGCCUGUCUUUUUCAACAUAUAUAAUUAUAAUGUUGAUUUUCAGCCACUGCUCUCUCUAUUUACAUAGCCCCAUUAUUCCAUUCAACCUUAUUCACCCCUUUCAUUGUUUCCAGCUAUGAUUUUUGCCCUGCACUUUGGACACUGUCACUAUACACAAUGCCACAAGAUCCCACAAUUCAUACAAAUUGACCGGUGUCCUUGCACUCAUGCAAAGUACAUCCAUUAUCUUUCAUGCCAUUUGUGAUUUGACUUAUAAACGGUCAACUUUUGAUGUUGGCUACUGGAGAGUUUGUCAUUUUGUGAGUUUGUUUUGAAAACUUUUCCUAUGUUCAGUAAUUGCAAAGAUACUUCCAUUUGUUAAAAUAUACAUAUGUAUUGACUCACGGCUCUGAGCAUACUUUCCACCUUUUCUGUCCUUUCGGUGCAGUUUUUCUUUUUAGCAGGAUUGUGUUAGAGGUUGACAAUAAUAAAGUUUGAAUGGAGAUGAAGUGCA